AUGACUGAGCAACGAGUUGACGGUUACCGUUUGGUGAACAUCCCCGUACAACCCACUAUUAGCGAGCCGCUUCUGGUGCCUUUAAUAACUUUUCUCAAUGCACUAAAUGUGGUAUUGAAUGAUUUCUCCCAAUUUCUCAGCAACUUCAUGUUUUAUGUUCGGCGCAGCCUCCCCAAAGUUCCAACUACAACUCACGACCGAGAGGGUUUCCAAACAUCGGCACCCCGGAUACCCCACAGUGAUAGCAGAAAUACACUGACACCCUGGGGCACUGCGACACGUCCAAUAGACGAAAAUGGCGUACGAAUCAUCCAUCCCGAAGGAACAUCCCUAAAUCCGCUGUCGUACGUACUCCUCUUUGAAUACGAGCCGCAAAGCUCUGGAGCUGUGGAACGAUUACACAGUCACAUCCUACCUGGAACCGGACCGCCAAACGCAUUUCGCGUAACCAAUAUUGCCGCGGGAUUAGGAGAUAGGAAAUUCUUCGAGGCCCUGCAGUUUCUUCACCUGUUAAAGUCAAGAUCUCUUCAAGGCAAACUACGACAACUUUUCACAAUAGACCGAUACACCGUUGAUUUAGUGAAGGUCGAGCUUGUCAAAAAUGAGCUUCAUUACAGUGCAGCUAGAGAUAGUAUGGCCCAGAUUAGGAGCAGAAAAUUGUGGACUAUGCGUCCCAAUCUCCCAGUUGGAGAAGCCCUCCUACAACAUUGCUUCACUUUCCUGGGCGCUCUUCGAGAUGAUAACACCAUAACGGAUUCUUUACCUCGACGAACUCUUCCUCUCCCAGAGUUGGAUCUUCUUACAGAAGUCCAGACAGGACCGAUUUAUGGCCUAGCACUGGUAAAACGGAAAAGUGCAGCCCGAGCGUUUGUUUGGCUUGUAAUCCUGUGCAUUGUCCUGUUACUCUUGUACAUCACCACUAAGCUCAUAUUUACCUCCUCGGUGGCUAUAUCGGAGACUGCUUAUUUCAUUACCUUGGGCUACAUCGGCUCCGUCGCUUUCGAGUGUGGUGAGCAACUUAUGUACGAUGUCGAGCAAUUGCGAAUCGACAUGGAACCACUAGUGGCACUCAUUCAAUCUGGGCGACGUGUGAAUAAUUUGGUUCAAAGUGUCCUCUCAACUCCACCUGAUUCACAACAACAUCAGAGUGGUUCACUUGCAUAUGAUACAGGCACGAAUACGAGUCAUAGUGAAAGUACCACGAUGGAUUCAUCAGCACCGCAGAGCAAUGAACCUACGUCAACCCUAAAUUAUAGGGGCACUCGACAUAGAGCGAAUGUUUCUGACAGCACUAAAGACAAUCCCAAUGAUGUGGAGGCUAGAUUCCUUGUUGUUUGCUUCCCUCACCACUCUAUGCGUGAAAUGAGGCAAACCAAAAUCACCGAAAUUCGUGACCAUGACUUAAUCAGAAGAAUCAAAAAGUCUUAUUAUGUCCUCAGACCUUUCUGGAGAAGGCUUGGGGAGCUCCGUGGGUUUGCAAACGUCCGUUUAGCUAGGUUUGAACUUAGCCACACGACAAAUGGCCUACUGGUCAGUGAUAUUGAGUGGAAAUGGCCGGGGAUAAACAAUCCGGACUGGGAGCCCGCCCACGAUGAUGCAGAAGGGCUACCUGCGGAUGGUAUUUCAAAGCUCAUGGUCCAUCUCUGGACCUCAAAGAGAAGUCACAAACACUCUAGCCGUGCUAUAAAGAACUUAGGGAUAAACAGUGCCACAUGCUCUGUUGGCAAGAAAGCCUGGCUCCCGAAGAUUGAAAUAUAUGGACCACGGACAAAGCAGACCCUGCCCGUUAGAGAAGAUCUGGAAACUGUUAGUGAUUCACACUGGAUCACCAUGUUAAGGUCGGCGAAAAUCUACUUCCCAGGAAAAGAAGUACCAGAAUCCAACAGCCCCGAGCUAGAAGAGCAUGGAAUCCGGUGGCUCCAAAGUGGGAGCAUUGAUGUCGAUUUGGGUAAAUUAGAACCUCGCUAUAUCUUCCAUAAAACUCCAAAAAGGCGUCACGAGCCACUAGGCAUUGAUCCGGAGGGGAGGAUUGCCACAGUAGGAUGGGGCAUUUGGAUUGACGAGGAUUUCUCCGUUCCUUGGUAUCUCCUGCUAUUAUCCGCUAUUCUUUCGGUAGGAAUCUUCUUGUUUGCAGUUUGGUAUACUGCUGACCACGGACCUUCGGCGAAUGGGUGGACAAUUGGGGGCUUCAUGUUCAUUCCGCUGAACUUGAUUUUUACAAUCUGGGUGUUGAAGACGAAAGACUCGAAGCAUGCACGAUCCUAA